AUGGUUCCAAUGGUCGUUAGAGUUUCUCAUCAAUUGAAAGAAAAGAUAAUGAAUCAAAUCGGUGAUAAAGAAGAAAAAAUCACUAUUAAUCCAUUAAUAUCUAAAACAACUUUGGACAUCAUAGGUUUAGUUGGAUUUAAUUAUGAAAUCAAUUCACUUAAUUCUCGAUCAGAAUUAGCAAAUGCGUAUGAAAAAGCAACCAUCACUGCUACAUCAACCUUAGAAAAUUUGAUACUCUUGUUAUCGGGAUACUUUCCCUUUGUUAGAAAGAUUCCAAUUGGUGCUAAUGUUCGAUUCAUGAAUGCCGUUAAAACUAUAAGAAGAAUAUCGGAAGAAUUGGUUAGAGAACGAGAAGAUAAACUUGCAGAAGGUGAACUUAAAGGCAAAGAUCUGUUAACAUUAAUAAUAACAAUGAAUGCGACUUUACCCAAUGAUGAAAAGGUGUCAAACGAAGAAAUCAAAUAUCAGAUUAUGACAUUCCUUGCUGCUGGACAUCACACCACAAGUCAAUCAUUAUCAUGGACAUUAUAUUUACUCUCCAAGCAUCCAGAAAUCCAAGACCGUCUUCGUGAAGAAUUGGUUCAAGCAUUUCCUGAUCCCAACUUUCAACCCACUUACGAUGAAAUUGAACACUUGAAAUAUUUGGAUAGUGUUGUUAAAGAAACUUUGAGAAUCAUUCCACCUGUGUCUUUACUCUCUCGUUUGACUACUAAGGAUGAAGUGGUAAACGGAUAUUUUAUUCCAAAGGGAUCUAUUUUCGGAGUAUCAGUUCACGCGAUUCACCACAAACCCUCAAUUUGGGGUGAAGAUGCAACCAAAUUCAACCCAUCUCGAUGGCUUGAUCCAGAAAUAAAAUCAAAAGUUACCAAUUUUACAUACUUACCUUUUAAUACGGGCCAGAGAAGUUGUAUUGGAAUGAAAUUAGCUCUUAUGGAAUUUAAGGUUAUUUUGGCGGUUUUAAUUAGGAAUUUCGUAUUUAAUAAAGUUGAAGGGAAUAAUGUUAGGAAAUUGUAUGGUGCUGUGACAAGACCUGUACCUGAAAUUGAGUUGUUG